CCGCCCUCCCUCCCCCACCCCGCAGCUCCUCCCGGUUUCCCCAAAUAACAAUCGCAACCUCGGGCUUAUAGUCAGGUGGGAAGGCAGCGACGGGAUCGCGGUGUGCAAAGACAACCGAAACUCCCAUCCUUCUGCUACUUCCGCUCCGCACCCUCGCGAUACAUUGUGUUUCCUUUUUAUCCGCCUCCAAGUUUUUGUUCUCGCAUAUUUUAGUAGCUGACACCUUUGCCUCCUUUGAUCAGCUGAUUAUUUUCUGGUAUUUGGGUAGUAGUCUCAUACUAGAUAACGCUAGUUAUUUUCUUGGUUCUUCUUCGCCGGAUACCAAAGAGAGAUGAGGAAGAUUGUUGACAGUCGAAUCCGAACGCUCAUAGAGAAUGGCGUGAAGCUAAGGCACCGUUCGAUGUUUGUCAUAAUUGGCGACAAGUAUCGUAAUCAGAUUGUGAAUCUUCACUACAUGUUGAGCAAGGCAGUUAUAAAAUCCCGGCCAACAGUCUUAUGGUGCUACAAACAGAAGCUGGAGCUUAGCAGCCACAAGAAAAAACGUGCUAAACAGGUUAAAAAGUAUAUGCAAAGGGGAUUGUUGGAUCCUGAGAAAGUUGAUGCAUUCUCUCUCUUUGUUGAAAGUACAAAUAUAACUUACUGCCUCUACAAGGAUUCAGAAAGAGUGUUGGGCAAUACCUUCGGCAUGUGCAUUUUACAGGAUUUUGAGGCAUUGACUCCAAAUAUUCUUGCAAGAACAAUCGAAACUGUUGAGGGUGGAGGCUUGGUGAUUCUGUUGCUUCAUUCUUUGCCCUCUCUAACUAGUCUUUACACUAUGGUGAUGGAUGUCCAUGAACGGUUUAGGACGGAAUCUCAUUCGCAGACCGUUCCACGGUUUAAUGAGCGUUUCUUGUUAUCCAUUGCAUCAUGCAAGGCGUCUCUUGUUGUGGAUGAUGAGCUUAACAUCCUACAAAUAUCAUCUCAUAUUAGAUCAAUCCUUCCGGUGGAAGUUGCAGAGGAUUCUGAAGGAUUAUCUGAAAAGGAGCGGGAACUAAAGGAUUUGAAAGAACAGUUUCGUGAUGAACUCCCUGUUGGUCCUUUAAUUGGGAAAUGCUGCACAUUGGAUCAGGCGAAAGGUGUUGUUACUUUUUUGGAUUCCAUCCUUGACAAGACUCUUAGAAGUACUGUUGCUCUAAUAGCUGCCCGCGGACGUGGCAAAUCGGCUGCUUUAGGGCUUGCUGUAGCAGGGGCGAUUGUUACGGGAUAUUCAAACAUUUUUGUUACAGCUCCUAGCCCUGAGAACCUUAAAACUCUAUUUGAGUUUGUCUGCAAGGGUCUUAAUUCACUGGACUACAAGGAGCAUUUGCACUAUGAUUUGGUGAAGAGUGUUGAUCCAGAUAUGAAGAAGGUUAUUGUUCAGAUUAAUGUAUUCAAGCAACAUCGGCAAACAAUUCAAUAUUUGAAGCCUCAAGAUCACGGAAAGCUUUCACAAGUGGAGCUUCUUGUUAUUGACGAAGCUGCCGCUAUUCCACUACCCAUUGUGAAGUCGUUAUUGGGUCCAUGGCUGGUUUUCCUCUCAUCUACUGUGAACGGGUACGAGGGAACUGGUCGAUCAUUGUCGUUGAAGCUUCUUCAACAGUUGGAAUCACAAAGCCAAAUUUCUGUUCAGAACGUUGACAAUCCUCAUUCCGGUAGACUUUUCAAGAAGGUUGAAUUGCAUGAGUCCAUUAGAUAUGCUUCUAGUGAUCCCAUCGAGUCUUGGUUAAAUGGUUUGCUUUGCCUGGAUGUUGCAAAUUAUAUUCCAAAUAUUAGCAGAAUGCCUCAUCCUAGCGAAUGUGAUCUUUAUUACGUUAGUCGUGAUACCCUUUUCUCAUAUCACAAAGAGAGUGAAAUAUUUCUACAGAGAAUGAUGGCACUCUAUGUUGCGUCGCACUACAAAAAUUCACCGAACGACUUACAAUUGAUGGCAGAUGCUCCUUCACAUCACUUAUUUGUAUUGCUUGGUCCAGUUGAUGAGUCAAAAAAUCAGCUCCCAGAUAUACUCUGUGUGAUUCAGGUGUGCCUUGAAGGAAAAAUUUCGCAAAAGUCCGCUAUCAAAAGUUUGAGUGAAGGUCAUUCACCUUUUGGUGAUCAGAUACCUUGGAAAUUUUGUGAGCAAUUCCAAGACACUGUAUUUCCAAGCCUUUCUGGAGCCCGAAUUGUUCGCAUUGCUGUUCAUCCAAGUGCCUUAAGGCUGGGAUAUGGCUCUGUUGCAGUUGACCUUCUAACGAGGUACUAUGAAGGGCAAUUGUCACAUUUUUCUGAGAAAGAUGUUGAGGAGAUUAUAGAACCAAAAGUUAACGUUAUUGAAGCAGCACAAAAGGUAUCCUUGCUGGAAGAGAAUAUAAUGCCUAGAGCCAACCUUCCUCCCCUUCUCGUUCAUCUUCGAGAGCGGCUUCCUGAAAAGCUCCACUAUAUUGGCGUUUCUUUCGGGCUAACACGAGAUCUUUUUCGAUUUUGGAGGAAACAUAACUUCUUUCCGUUCUAUAUAGGCCAAAUACCAAAUGCUGUGACUGGUGAACAUAGCUGCAUGGUUUUGAAGCCACUAAACACCGAUGAAAUCGAAGUUGGUGCUUCUAGUCAAUGUGGUUUUCUAGAACCAUUUUAUCAAGAUUUCUGCAGAAGAUUUAGCCGACUUCUCAGCACCACUUUUCAAACCCUCGAUUAUAAACUCGCAAUGAGCAUUUUGGCCUCGAAGAUAAACUUUGGUGAUCAUGAUGAUGUCUCAAACGAGGGAAACACAGAGCGUCUCAGGAAUUUAUUGUCUCCUUUUGAUAUGAAGAGGUUGGAGGCAUACACAAACAAUUGUGUUGACUAUCACAUGAUUCUUGAUCUUGUGCCAGUACUUGCACAUCACUUCUUCCAAGGUGAACUCCCUGUCACUAUAUCUCCUGUCCAAGCUUCUGUUCUGUUCUGCAUAGGCAUGCAAAACCAUGACAUUUCACAUAUAAAGGAGGAGAUGAAGUUAGAAAGGGAGCAAAUACUAUCAUUAUUUAUAAAGGUUAUGAAGAAAUUAUACAAAUACCUAUACGGCGUUGCGGCUAAAGAAAUUGACGCAAGUUUACCUCGACUUAGAGAAGUUGCAUUGGCCCCUCAUAGUAUAUCAGUUGAUGAGGAUCUUAAUGAGGCAGCCAAGGAAGUCAUGGAAAAUAUGAAAGCGGACAAGGAAGGCAUCCUGAAGCCGGAGCAGCUACAGAAAUACGCCAUUGUGGACAGAGAAAGUGAUUUUGAGAAAGCGCUUGGGAAUGGAGGUGGUAGGGUCUCUUCCAGUGGUAUUAUUAGUGUAAAAUCCAGCAAGUUAAAAGUGGAGAAUGGAGUGCGCAAAACGGGCAAGAAAAAGAGGAAGGAGAAGAAUGAUGUGGAGAGAUCAUUUUCUAAUAAAAAGAAGAGAAAUUGAAGGUUUUGUUUUGGGAAUUUAAAAUUAGGGUUUUGAUUUUUAAGCUAAAUUAUUUAUAUGGUUUUUUAUUUGUACGAGUAAUAUUCUCAGUUAAUUAUAAUUGUUGUAAAAAAUUUUUAUUUUUUUUAUUUUUGGGGAAAUAUGAUGACAUAUUGUUAGU